AUUGUAAGUGACUUUCUUUCGCUGGGUCCCUUGAUAGAAUACUCGAAGCGUGUGACGCCUUUGUUUGGGUAAUGACAUUGCAUUUUGUAUCUGCACGCAUAAUUUUGUACAGGGACGUGGGUUAGUGUAGAGCAGAAAAAACAGUUCUGGACGGGGUCAAGAUCAUACCUUCUCAACAACAUUUCUUCAUCUUUGCUUGAUUACGGCUGUAUACUUAGAAAAAUGAGUAGUGAGGCAAAGGAGGUUUUGUAUACACCAGUUAAUAUCGAAGAAGGCACUACACGAAAAAGACCUAAUAAGCGACCUCUCAUUAUUGCUCUCGUGGUAGUCACUGUAAUUCUGCUGACAAUCAUCAUUGCGCUCGCUGUUGUCUUCACGAGAGAAAAGCAGUCCAAAGCGGACAAACCUGUUACCAAACCCCAACCAAGCGUGACACCAACCCCGAAACCUAUACUACCACCACCGACCGGACCCCCGGAGGCGGAUGGCCCCUACAAAAAUGCCGUAGUAGCAUCGGAUGCCGGUCCCUGCUCGGAGAUUGGCCGGGACAUUUUAAAGAAAGGAGGUUCCGCCAUGGAUUCGGCGAUUGCAGCCUUGUUCUGUGUUGGUGUAUACAACAUGCAUUCCGCUGGAGUGGGUGGGGGCGGGUUUAUGAUGGUAUACAAGAAGAGUACGAGGUUUGUAGAGGCGAUCGACUUUCGUGAGGAGGCUCCAGGGAAAGCUACUAAAACGAUGUAUGUUGGAGGGAGAAUGAGCUCCAAAUUAGGCGCAGCGGCCGCUGGUGUCCCCGGUGAGGUGAAAGGAUUCUUUGAAGCCUGGAAGAAGUACGGUAAACUGCACUGGGUGGAUCUUGUUCAGCCUGCCAUUGACAUGGCGAGAAAUGGAUUUCCGUUUGGUUACGCCGCUUACAGCGCGGCUUCAUCAACGGCAAGACGUUCACCGGUUUUCAAAGCCAUUCCUGGAUUCAGGGAUCUUCUAUUUAACAAGGACGGCGAGCUAAAAAAGCCAGGAGAAUUACUGUACAUGCCAAAGUUUGCCAAAACCUUGGAACGAAUCCGGAAUGACCCUGAGGACUUUUACAACGGUGAACUUGCCAAAGAUAUUGUACAAGACAUUAAGGAUGGAGGUGGUAUUAUCACCUUAGAUGAUUUGAAGAACUAUAAAGUCAAAUUCAAGAGACCAACGAACGGAACUGUGGGAAACUACUCGUGGUACUCUACUCCUCCCCCGGGGAGUGGGGUGGUGUUAGGUUUCAUUAUCAAUAUUUUAAAAGGUAAGCUACUUUCUACCUUCAUUAUUAACGUCUCAGCAUUGAUAGAUCCUGAAUUAUUAUAAAACCUAACUAGGUGGGAGGAAAUACUCCGAAGAUAUAGCGGGAAUUAAUAUCCAUUAACGGUGAACAGCAUGACUCCACUCUCCAUACGGAGUGCACCACUAAGGAAUGGCGUAACUGACUGGUGAGACAACAAUUUUUAAAAACGAUUACGGAGAAGAAGACUUCAUCUCAA